AACUGGUGGAGUAGGAGCAAUCGGUCUCCAUCUUCUCUCUGUCGCAACGGACUCUCCGAUCCGGCGUGUACAAACCAAAGAAGACAUUCCACGUACUUGGAAGCUUUUAGCCACAGUGCUGUGAUCUGUCACCCGCAAAGACUACAAAGCCUAGAGAACAUGGAUGCAUUCCCUCAUGUGCCGCCAGGCUUUCGUUUUCACCCUACCGACGAAGAACUUGUCGACUACUAUCUCAGGAAGAAGGUAGCAUCAAGAAGGAUCGAUCUAGAUAUCAUAAAAGAUGUCGAUUUGUACAAAAUAGAACCAUGGGACCUUCAAGAAAAAUGCAAGAUAGGAACAGAAGAACAAAACGAUUGGUACUUCUUCAGCCACAAAGAUAAGAAAUAUCCAACUGGCACACGGACCAAUAGGGCGACAACAGCUGGAUUUUGGAAGGCUACUGGAAGGGACAAACCAAUCUACUCCAAGAAUAACUUGAUUGGAAUGAGGAAGACCUUGGUGUUCUACAAGGGUCGAGCACCAAACGGACAGAAGUCUGAUUGGAUCAUGCAUGAAUACCGCCUAGAAACCAAUGAGAAUGCACCUCCCCAGGCAAAGGGAUGGGUCGUCUGUAGGGUCUUCAAGAAAAGAUUAGCGGCUGUCAGAAGAGUCAGUGACCAUGAUACUCCCUGCUGGUAUGAUGAUCAUGCAUCAUUCAUAACGGAGCUCGAUUCAGCAAAGCAGAUCAGCCCCCAGCCAGAGAUGGCGUACCACCAGCACCACCACCUUCUGCCUUGCAAACCAGAGCUGGAGGUGCACUACCACUUGCCACAUGAUUCUUUCCUCCAGCUCCCCCAACUAGAGAGCCCCAAGCUUCCUAUGUAUGUCAGCCAUGCAACUGCUUUCCAGUCAUCGAUCAUCGCAGAGGAAGAUCUAAUACAGUCCAGUAAGCAGUUUCAGAUCGUCUCCACUUAUGAUAAUACAGGAAACAUCAAUCAAGUGGUAGAGCAGGUGACAGACUGGAGGGUGCUUGACAAGUUUGUCGCGUCUCAGCUUAGCCACAAUGAUAUCUGCAGAGAACCCAACUGCUCCAAUUCAGCAAGUGAUGUUCAAACUUCUGAAAAGCUUGAUGCAGCUUCUGAGUAUGCUUCAACUUCCAACUCCAGUGGCCAAGUCGAACUGUGGAAAUGAAGAAAUAAAUGAACUGGAUUUUAUCUAUACACACAAAUAGGAUACUAAUUCUAGAUGCAAAAUAAGAUCAAAAAAGUGAAGAUCACAGAUUUAUGUACAUAAUAAACUAAAACUAAACUUAGGCAGCAUUGCUUCCGAUGUUUGUAAUAUGUUUUAUACCUCCAAGUAUGUGCAACAAAGAAACCUCUACUGUCAAGACGAUAUCACAUUACUUAUGAAGCCGAGGGUUUGGAUAACUGGCUCGGUCUCUGCUGAACAAGGCAUCAUAGCCUGAGUCCUCUGUACUUUGCCAUUUGGCCCAUUGUUUGGCAGCAAUAUCUGCUGCUACUGUAUCAACACCUACAAAAUUGUAGAUAUCUGUCUUUUCAUUUAAUUGGAGUGUUAAUAAAAAGCAUUGUCAGUUC